AUGGGCCUUCUGCACAAGAACCAUCACCAUGCUGCUCCGCCCGUGGCCAGCAACAAUGUCCACGGAAUGGCAGCCCCAGUCAAUCCUGCCGGUCAUGCUCCCAUCAGUAACCACCAUGCGCCAGGCAUGCACGCCCCCCAUCCAGGCCCAGCUCCCAACACUGCUGGCCCCCACCGCCAUGACUUGCUCAACAAGCUCGAUCCCACGGUCGACAGCCGUUCUGGAGGCGUUCAGCUCAUGGGACCUGGCAUUCCGCCCAACGCCAUGUCGCAGCAACCCAUGACCGCCGGAGCUGGCAACUACACCACUGCAGCACCAUACCACAACUCUCGGGUCGCGGACACCGUGGACCCCCGAGUAGACACGAGGGCGGACAGGCACGUCAUGCAUGGUGCUGGCCCUAUGGCGACAGGUCCAGAGGCUGGUUACAGCCACCACUCAACCAGGAUGGGGGACACUGUCGACCCUAGAAUGGAGCCUGGCCUGGACCAUAGGGCACACGGUGGGAUGCGUGGGCCAGCCUCAGUGCCCCGUGGCGGUAUUGCGCAGCCCGGACCUGCGACCAAAACUGCCGGUCCGCAUCAUAGCAACCUGAUGAACAGGCUGGAUCCAGCCGUCGAUCACAAGGCCACGUACGGGGGUGCGCCGCAAUAUCGCACCGCCUAG